UCCAUUUUGUGUCAUUACAAAAAAGUUUUAACUGCGAAGAUCGUUGUCUAUGCUGACACCAAACGUCAUUUGACAUCCACAAAACUCUUUAGUUUAUUACUUUCAUCAACUGUGCGUUGUAAGGCAUGCAGAUGAGUCGAAUGAACUCCCCGUCUGUCGGUAUGGAGGAAGACAACGGCGUCGGGCAUGCUCUAAGUGACUUCUUACUACAACUGGACAAUUAUACUCCAUCCAUACCUGAUUCAGUAGUUGCUUAUUACUUGAAUAUGUCUGGCUUUGAAUCUCAGGAUCCCAGAUUAAUCCGUCUCAUUGCACUGGCAUCGCAGAAAUUUCUAUCGGACAUAGCCAAUGACGCAUUACAGCACUGCAAAAUGCGUACAUCCAGCCAAUUGGUGCAGAGUUCGAAAAACCAGAAGGGGCCAAAGGAAAAGAAAUACAUCAUGACAAUGGAAGACCUUGUACCCGCACUACAAGAAUAUGGCAUUAUUGCGAAGAAACCACAUUAUUUUGUAUGAGAAAAUAUGUUUGUGGAAUGGACUGAGUCAUAAUGUGGAGCUGUUGGGUGGGCCAAGUAAGGUUUCGAUGUAAUAAUGAAAUUUUAACUCUUAAAUUAACGAUUGGUGUUCCAAGUGCGUUCAUAGUUGUUUAUUGUUGAAAGUUUUUAAUAUUCUCUAUUGGUUAAAGGUGGUUGGGUUUUAUCACGAAAUUUUACCAUCUGUUUGUUAAUCAAAACCAAUUUAGAAAGCAUUUUAGUUCUGUCACUGUUUGAUG